GGAAAGGGCAGAAAGAGCGAGACAGCGAGAGAGAGAGAGCGAGGAAAAGAAAGCGAGAGAGGGACGAGGCAGAAGUUUAUCGUUAGCCGCCCACGAUUUGACCGAAAGUUGUGAAAUAAUUACUUGUAAGCGUCUGUCCGCGUUGGGGCACUUCCGCCUCUCGGCUGCGGGCGGAACCCGGCUUCACGCAGCGAGCCGCGGGCUGAAUGGCGGGUUGCGAUCGCCUCUCGCGUCACGUCGGAGUCCUCCGUGGAAGUCCCGAGGCUUUGAGCUAGUCCGAGCCGUGCCAGGGAGGGAGAGCUAACGGUGCUUUCUGCCUUUUGUAUUUUGCCCCCCCGGAUCCUGCUAUCAUGACGCCCGACCUCCUGAACUUCAAGAAGGGAUGGAUGUCCAAACUGGACGAGAGCGGCGAGUGGAAGAAGCAUUGGUUUGUUCUGACGGAUGCUGGGCUGAAGUACUACAGAGACUCGAGUGCAGAGGAGAAAGACGACUUGGACGGAGAGAUUGACCUUAAAUCCUGUGUGAAGGUGUGCGAGUUUGACGUGGAGAAGAACUAUGGGUUUCAGGUACAGACACGGGAAGCCGCGCACACGCUGUCCGCCAUGACGGCCGGGAUCAGGCGGAACUGGAUCGAGGUUUUGAAGAAGUGCAUCCGGCCCGGCAGCUCUCCAGACCUCACGCAAUUACCCGACGGCAGCAGCGACAAGGAAAACUCCCAUUCCCGCUUCCCGCCGGCCUCCCGCCGGCCGGCCUCUCGCCACGCCGACGCCGUUCAGCCGGACUCCGCCGCCCCCGCUCACCGCCGGUUCGACUGCGUGGAGCUGUCCCCCGUGCCCGCCCCCGCCGGCCGGAGGGAAGCGGCGGAGGGGCAGGGGCGGGAGCACGUCCAGUGGCAGGAGGAGAGGAACACGAGCAGCCAGUGGGAAGCCGUGCUGUCCAGGAAGGGCACCGGCGGCGGAUCCAACCACAGGGCGCGCUCGGAGGACGAGAUCGAGAGCAAGUGGGCCGAGUUUGAGCGCUUGCCGCUGAAGGAGAUGAGCUCCUUGCCGCCGAUGGGCUCGCGCUCCUCCAGCCAGUCGGCCAACGAGGCGCUGCAGAGGGAGGUGGCGUCACUGAGGCAGCAGCUGGAGCAGCUUCAGGUGGGGGGAGGGCGGUUGGGGGGAGGAGGAGGAGGAGGUGGUAGCGGUGUGAGAGGGGGCUGUGGCCCCGAGGCCCCCUGCGGCCGCAGCCUGGUGGCCAUGGAGCGGGCCCACCGACAGGCGAUGGAGGAGCUGCAGAAGCAGCAUGACCGCCAGCUGAAGGAGCUGGAGGCGGAGCAGGAGAGGCGGCUGCAGGAGGAGACCCGGGACACGGCGAGAGUAAUGGAGGCUUUGAAGAAGAAGCUGAAAGACGAGCUGGAGAAAGAGGUGGAGCGAGUCAGAAGGCUGAGCAGCGGGGGGCUGGACUCACGGACCAUGCGAGGCCAACAACAGGAAGAAACCCAGGGCCUCCAAAGAGAGCUGGCCGGACUGUCCGAGCGCUACUCUCAGAAGUGUCUGGAGCUGAACCGAGCCGAGCAGAACAGCGCCGAGAGAGAGCGGGAGAUCAGCCGCAAAGAGCGGGACAUGGAGCAGCUGAGGAAAGAGAACCAGGACUUGAAGGCCCGUCUGGCGGCGGAGAUCAGUCGCUCGCGAUCCUCCGUCUCGCAUCACGGCUCGGAGAACAGCAAAGACAGGACGCCGUGCGAGCUGGAGGUUCUUCUCAGGGUGAAAGAAAACGAGAUUGAGUACCUACACAAGGAGAUCAGCUGUCUGAGGAACGAGCUGCAGUUCCUGAACACGGAGAAGCGGCUGGCAGGCGAACGCUACGCGGAGGUGAUGGAGCAGCUGAGCGGGAUGAAGGGCCGGAGCGAGCGAGAGAUCCAGAGUCUGAAGGAGCACCUGAGGCUGGCCAUGGCCGCUCUGCAGGAGGGGCAGAAGCUGGGAAACAGCCUGGACCACUGAGCGGCUGCUGCCGUACCGGGAGGUGUGUCCGCACCACGGUGACUGAAUCAAAUGAGGUAUUCAGCGGCAACAAGAAGCGCAGGACUUGGGCGGCUGUGUGGGGACCAUGAUAGUGCCUCAGUGUUCAACCCUUCUGCCGACGAGCAGCAUAGAGUAGCUAUUAGCUGGUUUUAUUACACUGGGCCACACACGUUAUAUAAAACUGCACUUUUUAUGUUUUAGUUUAGCUUUCGCUUGCUUCGAGUGCAAGAAUGAAUGAGUGCGCAUUUGGUCUGAAAACUGGAAUAUUCGUUGAGCGACUUUUUUUUUUGUAAUAUUAUUAUCAUCAGGUAUUGUAGAUAAGAGUUCAUACUGUAUCAGCCUUCUCUGUUCAUACAUCAGAUCUACUGUCAUCUACGUUUUGUAUUUUGUACAGCUUUUGGGUCAUUUUUAAUCUGUGAAAAUGCCUUGUGUUUCUUUAGAAAUGGGAGUUUAUCAUUUGCUGUAAUUACUUUUUGUUACCUGGAGAGAAGUGGGCCUAUGUAGUCUCAUGUCUAUGAACAUCACAUUGGGAUUACUACAGGACCACGCGGCAAACGUUUUUAAUUCCCGGCAGGCUGAAUUGGUUGAUCUCUGAUUGUAUAGCUGUUAAAUGAAUUUUGUCCCACAUCACAGAUGUCUAUUUUUUAAACAACGGCUGAGAAGCAGGAACUCUACAGCUUCCAGACCGCCCUGAUCAUUGUUGGCAUGUGCCGCCACUUAACAAAUGACAGGUGUUGCAUCAAUGAGCCAAAUGUUUUUUAUUGACAGAAUGAAUUGUGAUUAAAAAAAUGACAUAUCUACCUGCCUUUUUGGAAAUAUAUUUCAUAUUUAAUGUACCGUAGAGCCCGUAUCAUCUUUAUAAAUUAUACACAAUUUUUGCAAUCAAUAAAAUAAGUUCAACAGAAA